UGUCUCGUGUCCAAUCCUGUCUGAUACACACUGUAGGCAGUCCCGGUAUAAAAGGCUCGCGCUCCUUACCGGAGCCUCUCAGAUGAGCGCGCGGGAUCGCCAAACAUUAAAGAAGGUUCCCUGGUAACAAAAUAGCUAAACUUUGGAUCAAAGGGUCCGCGCGUGGGCCCGCUGAACAUCCCGGAUCAUGGUCGUGGUAAUUGUGCUGCUCAGUGUGUUGAGUGUACUGGGAGCGGAGGGUCAGAGCGCGAGCACGACACUGCGUCCCCUGGGGACCGAGGACAGCGGACAGUGUUCAGCCGCGUGCGAGUCCCGACAGCAGAGCAAACUCCUGCGCCUGCACUCCAUCCGCUCGCAGAUCCUCAGCGCGCUGCGCCUCGAGCGCGCCCCGAACCUAACCCGUGACGCGGCGCGGCAGCUCGUGCCCAGAGCGCCGCCGCUGCUCGAGCUGCUCAGCCGGUACGAGAGACACAACGGCAGCACGGGAGAGGACUACGAAGAGGCGGCGGAGCGCGAGGAGGCCAGCACCGAGACCAUCAUUACCAUGGCGACGGAACCGCACAGUGUAUCUCAGACCAACUCUGUACCGCGAUGCUGCAUGUUCUCGCUCAGCCCCAAGAUUCUGCCGGACAACAUUGUGAAAGCGCAGCUGUGGAUCCACCUGCGUUUGGGCAAAGAUGCGACGAGCGUCUUCGUGCAGAUCUCGCGUCUACAACAGCCCAUCUACAGCAACCCCCGACCCAAAAUCCUCUCUCUGAAGAUCAACGCCGACGCCCAGACCAACCCGUGGCAGAGCGUCGACUUGAAGCAGCUUCUGCAGUCGUGGCUCAAGCAGCCCGAGAGUAACUUUGGCAUUGAGAUAAAGGCCUUCGACAGCCAGGGGAACGACCUGGCCGUGACCUCUGCUGAGUCGGGGGAGGAGGGGCUCCAACCGUUCCUCGAGAUCAAAAUCAGCGAGGUGCCAAAGCGCUCCAAACGAGAAUCCGGCCUGGACUGUAACGAGCGCUCUUCGGAGUCACGCUGCUGCCGUUACCCGCUCACCGUGGACUUCGAGGACUUUGGCUGGGAUUGGAUCAUCGCACCCAAGCGCUACAAGGCUAACUACUGCUCGGGCGAGUGUGAGCAGGUGCACCUGCAGAAGUUCCCUCACACGCACCUGGUGAACAAGGCAAACCCGCGAGGCACGGCAGGGCCCUGCUGCACGCCCACCAAGAUGUCCCCCAUCAACAUGCUCUACUUCAACCAUCGUGAGCAGAUCAUCUAUGGGAAGAUCCCUUCCAUGGUCGUGGAUCUCUGCGGCUGCUCCUGAGAGAGAUUCCAGCUUCCCGUUUCUGCCGUUAAUCCUUCUGAUAGAACGCACGGCUUCAUUGGGAACAUAGAGGAAUUCUGCUUCAUCUCUGUCACAGACCUGCGCAUGAAAAUAUUUCACUUUUUUCCGUUUAUAGCUACAUCUGCGAUAGAUCAUCUUCUUACAUAUAACUCAUUCAAUAAACACUCGAUCCCUCACAGAUAAGACAGACAAAACACAGAUACCCAAA